AUGAAAUUACAAUUAGAAAGUGGAGGAAGAGACAAGCAAGCUAUAAAACUAGAUUAGACAGCAGAAGUUCAACCUGUAGCCUUCUAAUAGCAGUUUAUCUACAGUUCCAUCUACCCAGAGCAAAGGCAGUGCUAGUACUUCUAUUUCAUCAUAAGCUACUCAAAGUUCCAAAGCUCAAGACAUAUAAUUCAAAAAGCUUUUGAAAAACGAGACCUAGAGCACAAGAUAAUGGAAUUUGAAAAUAAGAAUGAAAAGAUCGAAGAUGAGUUGAAAUUUCAGCAUCAAAUAAUGUCUACUUUAGUCGAUGAUGUGCGUAGAAUCCCAGACAUUGACUAGUUGAUUGAAGAAUUUGAGUAGACUAAGAAGAAGCAAAUCUACUUCAGUGGUAAUGGUGAUUACAUUAUGAAGAUAAUAGAUGAAUACACCAUUGAUGAUUUUUAGAAUCUCCUUGGCUUUUUCCCAUAAAUGAUUGAAAAUUGCAAAGAUCUCUGCAAGUAAUUAAAGAGAGAUGAGAAAGUUAUUAAUAAAGAAAAUGAAGUGGUUUCGAAAAAGAUUUAGAGCAUAAGUAGUGCUAUUAUGAUAAAAGAUAUGGAGAACAGACAAAGAAACAAUAAAAAACAAGGUAAUUGA